AAAUAUGUUUUAGGCGUAGAGACGAUUCAGCUCCAUUGAAGAAUUUUUCAAAGUCGUUUUUUUUUAGAGAAUGGGAUUGAUAACUGUUCCCGUUUAUACAACUAUUAUUACGCUGAUUUGGUUAACGAAUACUUUGAUUAUCAAGAGUAGGUAGUUCAUUCAAUUAUUUGUUGGACAAAUUGAAAGUUCAAACAAAUGGCCCCGUACCGUUAUCUAGAAGAAAAGAAAUGGUCAAAACGCGUUUUCUACCAAGAGCGGUAGUUGGAGCCCGAAAGUUGAAAUUGUUUAUAUAUAUAUUCGAACCUGCUCCCCUUCAUAAAUUGAUAACAAUGGGGAAACAAGUGGUUAGCAGCCAUAUAUAUUUUAAUGAAUAGUUUAUGCAUUUUGGAUUAAACUAGAGUAGUUAGUAGUUCGUCUAUUUAUAUCGAGAGAAAUUUUAUCCGAAAGAGUAGAGCACAAACACGUACGUACGUAUUUAUACAUACUAAAAUAAGUAGUGUAAGCGAUCAUGGUGGAUGUUAUCGUCCGGAGUGGCUGCGCGACUUACGGAUCUCAUAGCGAAGCAAAUUCGAAAUAGAGUGAAUUUGGUGAAAGGCGUUGAGAGCGAUAUCCAAAAUCUUUCCGGCGAGCUCAAAAGACUAGGAAACACGUUGGAUGAUGCAGAGAGGAGAGAAUUCAAGGACAAGAGCGUCAAAGAUUGGUUGAGGAAGCUAGAAGACGCGUCUUACGAAAUGGACGACGUGUUGGACGAAUGGAACAUUUCCAUUGUCAAACUUCAGCAAAAGAAGGUAGGGUCCUUCAUCCCGUUUCCAAAUCUAGUUGUCAACAACUUUGCUAUUCGUUACGACAUCGCCUUGAAAAUAAUAGAAGUGAAAAAACGACUCGAUCUGAUUUUCGUGGAGAGAGAUCGGUUCGAUUUUGUGGCCUCUUACCCUAUUCAUGCCUCUCGCGAACCGCGGCUAAGUCAAACUACUUCUUUGAUUGACUUAGCGAAAGUUUGCGGCCGCGAGUCUGAAAAUGAAAACCUGGUAGACAAACUUAUGAGUGUAGGUGGUAGCAGAGACGAAUUAGACGUAUGUGUCCUCUCCAUAGUGGGCCCGGGGGGUAUUGGAAAGACAACUCUUGCUAAACUAGCUUAUAACGAUAGUCGAGUAAAAAAUUGCUUUCAACUAAGAAUUUGGAUAUGUGUUUCACGUUCUUUUGAUGAGGUUGGAAUAGCGAAUGAAAUUAUUUUUAGAGUAGGGGGAAGUAAACCAAAUACAAACCAAUUAGAUAUGCUAUUACGUUGUCUAAAAGAGUUAAUUUCUGGAAAGAAGUUUCUUCUUGUCCUGGAUGAUGUUUGGAUAGAAGAUAAUACUAAGUGGGAACCUCUAAAAAACUCUCUCAAACAACGUGACGGGGUGGGUAGUAAGAUUUUGGUGACAACCAGAAAUCAAUGUGUUGCUGUAAUGAUAGGUAGUGUUAAGAAUGAGAUCCACCAUUUAGGAAGUCUGUCAGAUGAUGAGUGUUGGUUGUUAUUAAGUCGGAUAGCCUUUUCUGGAAAGAACGAGGAGGAAUGUAAAAGAUUUCAUAACAUAGGUAAUAAUAUUGCUAAGAAGUGCAAGGGAUUGCCACUUGCAGCAAAGACUUUGGGAAGUCUUUUGCUUUCUAAGAAUACCUUGAAAGAAUGGGAGAAUGUAAUGAAUAGUAAAAUAUGGGAAUUAGAGAAAGUUGAAAUUGACAUCUUCUCCCAUUUGCUUAUAAGUUACAACGAACUGUCCCCGACACUUAAGCGUUGUUUCUCAUAUUGUGCUGUCUUUCCUAAAGAUACCAAAAUUGAUCUGGAAAGUGUAGUAACCAAAUGGAUGGCAAUGGGUUACCUAGAAUCACGCGGGGGUAAUGGCGGUGACUGGAAAGUUAGAGGGAGAGAGAACUUUGAUAAGUUAGCGAUGCUCUCUCUAUUUCAAAACUUUAAGAGUUGUGGUGAUAAGACGGAAUCGUUUAAGAUGCACGAUAUAUUGCAUGAUUUUGCUCUAUUCCUUAGGAAGAAUGGUAGGGUAGGAGCAGCAGGAAUGAAGAAAACAACCUGCCAAGCUUGUAACAUUUUGAUAGUUUCUCAAGUUCAAGAAUACCGUAGCUUAUUUAACUACAAAGAACUUCCAAAUCCACAUCUUUGUGAUUGCCUCGCACGUGUGAGGUUGUUAAGUUUAAGGAAAUGUGGCUUGAGAGGUAUUCCGAAACAAAUAAAAAAGUUGAUUCACUUGAGAUGGUUGAACUUGGGUCGUAAUAAUUUUCACGACCAAGAUGUGAAGACCGUUUGUAAGCUUUAUAACUUGCAAUUUCUUUGGUUGGACAUGUGCCAGCUAGAAAGAUUUCCUCGAAAAUUGGGAAUUUGGUUCACUUGAUACACUUGGACUUGAGCUAUAACAAUCUUCUUAAAGAGUUACCGGAGAGACUAUGCAAUUUGUGCGAGUUAGAAACUUUGAAUGUCGAUGGGUG